CCGCCGCUUUCGAAACGGCGCCUACGCGCGCCCCGUUGGCUCCGCGAGCUCUCGCGAGAAGUGCCGCGGGCAACUCUCGCGAGAAGCGCCGCCGCCAUUUUGCUGCCCGCCGCGGGACUGGGAGCGGGAGCGAGGUGUCCGGCACGAUGCUUUUAACAAUGGCCCUACUCCGGAAGAGGAUCCCUGGAAAGCAGUGGAUUGGAAAAUACAGGCGGCCGAGAACAGUUACCAUUGCCAUGAAGCAGGCCAUGAUCCGAAGGCUGGAAAUUGAAGCAGAGAACGAAUACUGGCUGAGCCGGCCGUACCUGACACGGGAGGAGGAGUACAAUCACAACAGGGAUGUGAGAGUGGCCAGAUGGGAGGCUUUGAAAGCCAUGAAGUCAUCCAAGUUCCCUGAGCAUAGGUAUAUGAGCGACCACUUGAACCACUUAAACAUCUCAAAGAAGUGGACCUCUUGAGCAGCGGUGCAGUUGUACUGGUGCUGCUGGGAGAUGCCGUAUUGUGCCCGUUGUGGCAGCUCUGUAAUUCAGUGUAACAAAGGCAGGUGAGAAAUGACACUGCUGCGGUGUACAAAAUCUUACAUUAAAGUAAUCCUACAGAACAGCGUUUGGUUUUUUUGCCAUAUUAGAAGACAGUCCUUCCAGUCGCUUAACGGUUUUGCAUAAGACAGUGUGAGUUACAGCUGCGGUGAUGACUUGAACUAGAUUUGUAGCUUCACGUUUUUGGAAAGCUGGAACACAGUGGCUGUAUUGGAAAAGGAUUAUCUGUGUGGACCAGAUGGCUUUUACUUGUCUCUUUGCUAUGUGAAGGGCUACUUCUGUAUUCACAUAUUCAUACUUGAAAUACAGCAGAAGCCACUUGAUGUACUAUUCACUUCAUCAGGCACGUGAGGAUCAAGAAGAAUAAAGCUAUGUCUGUAAGACACUGCAAUUAAUAUAAAAUGUUCAACUUUCUGGGAACAGUAUCAAUAUCUUUAUCAUAAUGGGAACGUCCAUUUCUGUGUUACUGCCUGCACUUACACAGAGCUUAGUUCUGACUGAGAAGGACUUCUACUGAUUCUUGUUUGAAUGGCAGCUUGAUGUCUAAGCAAUGCUUAGUUUGUGGCUGAUGAUGUUUCUCCAGGACAGUAAGUUUUUUAUUUUUCCUUUUGAGACCAAGUGAGCUGGAACCAUGCCAGCAAUGAGUACAAUCUUGGGUCAGUGCAGGUCAGGUGUGAGAACUCUUUUCACCACCAGAUGGAAUGUUUCCCAGGUAUGCAGCAAUUCUUGCUGUUCUAAUUCACGCAUGCUACUGCUAAGCAAUUAUCAGAUUAUUUCACAUACUUUUAUUAAGUAAGUCAGUAUUGCAUUCACCGACAGAAGUUGUGUGUCAAAUACAUUGAUAUUUUAUCACUUUUGAAAAGAGGCCUGGAAUAGUAGAACUUGUUGUUUAAACAUGAACUCUAUUCCAUGAAGUAUGAUCAGGUCUGAACACUGAUGUACAAAAUCUUGAGUGCACUUAUAAAUGAUCUUAUAAUGUUGAAUGCUUAUAAAUGACUUGAGAUAACAUGGAAAAGUAUACAUAUGAGCAAACUGCACAGUGUAAUUCAAACAUGAAGGAACUCUUACACAAAGUAUGUGAGUUUGUAUUUAAUUCAUUUAUAAAAGCUCAUUUUAAAAAAUCACUUCAAGUAUUAAACUGUAAAUGGCAACAUGUAUUCUCUGCAUAGGAUGAGUCCUAUCUGCAGCGUACAAAAACAAAAACAGUAACUGUGUCAUUACACAUCUUUCACAUUUAAUGCCAAAAUUAAACACAGUUCAGUAUAAGUUUAGGCAGCAAAUUAAAAAUAAUGGUGUAAAUGGAACAAUGGGAAAUUAUCAUUAGUGUGAAUACUUAUGACCCUUUCUAGCAAAUACAGAAUUGAAAAGAA